AGGAUUCAGAAUCUCGCCUAGAGUCGUGAGACUGUCGGAUGCGUGGGGGUGCGCGAGCCCCCAGCGCAGGACAGGAUGUUCGUCUUGGUGGAGAUGGUGGACACUGUGCGGAUACCCCCGUGGCAGUUUGAGCGGAAGCUCAACGACUCCAUUGCCGAGGAGCUGAAUAAGAAGUUGGCCAACAAGGUCGUGUACAGCGUGGGACUCUGCAUCUGUCUGUUCGACAUCACCAAGCUGGAGGACUCCUACGUGUUUCCCGGGGACGGCGCGUCGCACACCAAAGUCCAUUUUCGCUACGUGGUGUUCCACCCGUUCCUGGACGAGAUUCUGAUUGGGAAGAUCAAAGGCUGCAGCCCCGAGGGAGUGCACGUCUCUCUAGGGUUCUUCGAUGACAUUCUCAUCCCCCCAGAGUCGCUGCAGCAGCCCGCCAAGUUCGACGAGGCGGAGCAGAUGUGGGUGUGGGAGUACGAGACGGAGGAAGGCGCGCACGACCUGUACAUGGACAUCGGGGAGGAGAUCCGCUUCCGCGUGGUGGACGAGAGCUUUGUGGACACGUCCCCCACGGGGCCCAGCUCCGCCGAGGCCGCCUCUGCCAGCGAGGAGCUGCCCAAGAAGGAGGCCCCGUACAUGCUUGUGGGAUCCAUCAGUGAGCCGGGCCUGGGCCUCCUCUCCUGGUGGACUAGCAGCUAGCCCUGGGCCCAGCUGCGGACCGGCCUGCGUCCGCAGACCCCAGCCCUCGGGAGGGGCCCGAACCCCGCGGCAGCGCACAGACGCCGAGGAACUGAGAGUGCAGCGAGGACCUGCGGGGCGGGGCCGCGAGUGCCCUGCCAGCCCGUCCCCUCCCCUGCCGCCCAGGCCGGAGUCCUCUUCCCGGAAGGCCUGCUCUCGGUGACAGCAAAGACAUUUAAUAAACAAUGGCAACCCCCGUUGAAGAGCCACCGGUCUCCCUGGCUGUCGUCAGGACCUGUCGUUGAGGUGCCACAGCGGGGGCAGCAUGCCCUUCCUCUCUUCACGUCACUUGUGGAGAUGGCUCCCCCGCCACAGCAGAACGUGGGGGCUGCGAGAUCCAGGCCGCCUCCGGCCAGGCUUUGGGCUGUUGAGCCUGGUGGCUCCCUGGGGUGACACAGGGAGCAGAAGGCUGGCCCUGGGUGGCUGCCGGGGCCACGGAAGAGCCUGAGGGUAAAGAACAGGCACCUUCCUUCCCGCCAGCUUGUGGGCGGCGGACGCUGUGGGCUCUGCUGGCCCCCGCUAAGGGCAAGUGACCAGCUAUGUCCCCCCGUCAGUAGAGCAGGAAGCCUGGGGACAGCUGUCCCCCUCAGACCACAGCCACAUCGGGAACACCCCGUGGGUCUGCCACGGGCCCCCAGAGCCUGACAUGGGUGCAAGCACCCGGCGUCCACUCACCAGAACGGCUCUGCCGGGCUCCUCUCGCCCUGCCCCAGUUCUGCCGGGGCCAGGACACGGGUUUGUGGUUAAGUCUCGUCCUGGUGAAGGGGCCCUGUUCUGGCCUUUUUGGCCCACACUGGGCACGGGAGCAUGGGGGUGUGGGCAGUGCCAGGGAGCAGUGUGCACCGUGGGCCAGCUGUGACCUUGGACAGGGUGGCCUGGGUGGAGGGUCUGGGCUGCCCCACUGGAGUCUGGCGGACCGGCUGCCCGGGGGAAGGGGGGCGGCGGUACAGGAGUUCUGGCAGAGCAGCACCGGGGCCUGGUUUUAGCUGCACGGGGAGGGAGGAGUUCCCCUGGGGCGUUCCACCUGGGCCCAGGGCCCCCUGGGGCGGAGGGAGGGGAGGCUGCCCUGCGAUGGACGUGGGGCAGGGCAGGGAGAGGGGCCGAGAGGCGG